AUGUCCAGCCCGUCGCAGCUCUUCCUGCUCGCCGACCACAUCAAGCUGUCGCUGCUUGAGUGGAAGCGAGCCAAAGCCCUCAAUCCCGACGACGACUCUCUCAGCGGUGACAUCUCGCGCUCCUUCGACCAGCUCCGGAAUGGCAUCGCCUCGCUGGACCAGGAAAGCGCCCGCCUUCAGCAGGCCGGCGAUCAAGCGGGCGCGCAAGCCAUUGCUGAAUCUCUCCCGGCGCUGCACAAGCAGUUUGACGAGUUAAUAUCUCAGUUUCAUUCCCUCUCUGGCACCUCCGCCAACUCGCCCGAUGCUGCAGCCGGCGAAGAGACGGACGACCUCGCAUCCUCAGCCAACAGAUCCGGCCGCAAGCCCAAGACGGUGCGGUUCAGCGAAACGCCCCGGUCGCCGACCCAGGAGCUCUUCGGCCGCUACCACGACGAUCCGAAUGCCUCGUCGGACUCGCUGGGAUACAGCGACAAUGCUGCCGGGAUGUCAAAUCAGCAGAUAUACGAAUACCAUAAUCAGAUUAUGCAAGAGCAAGACGAGCAUCUCGAUCGCCUGGGAGAGUCCAUCGGCCGGCAGCGGGAGCUCAGCAUGCAGAUUGGCGACGAGUUAGAAAGCCACAUGGCCAUCCUAGACGAAGUCGACCAUGUUACGAGUCGCCACCAGAGCCGAGUCGAUCGAGCCAAGAGGGCUCUGGGGAAAGUUGCAAAGGGCGCUUCGGAAAACAAGCAGAUGUCCAUCAUCUUCAUCCUCAUCGUCAUUCUGGUGCUAUUGAUUGCUAUUCUAAAGUGA